AUGGCACCACCAACCGCACCCUUGAACCUGGACGUGGAGGCCAUCUCCGGCAUUUGCGGGUACGAUCGCAUCAUCUCCCACUGGCUUUGGUUGCUUGGCGAUGUCUUCAAUAUCCUCGGAGCCGUCAUCCAGGGUGUCUUACCCACCAUGGUUAUCCUCGCCAUCUACUAUACCAUUGCCGAUAUCGUCCUACUUCUGCAGUGCUUCUACUAUAGAGGGUUUACUCUCAAAGAUGAAGUGACCGUAGCUCCCAAACCGACCAACGGCACCAAUGGCGCUGGGCCAGCGAGCGAGCGGACCCGACUUUUACCUGAACCCCGGCGACGGACGAGGCGAGAUUCGGACUGGUCUAACCUAUCCCCGGCAGUACCCAUAACGCUCCUAUGGAACACCCUUGCUGUCGUUAUGGUCUGUGGCGCGGGGGUUUUGGGUUGGUUACUGAGCCGCGGGCCUCGACACACGCCCGACGAUACUCAGGAUGGCGAACCUAUCAAUGACAUUGUCUUCAGCCUAUGGGGGCAGAUUUUUGGAUACUUCUGCGCUGCCUUGUAUAUCCUGUCGCGCAUUCCUCAGCUUAUCCUCAACUACAGGCGCAAGAGCACCGACGGUCUCAGCAUGCUCUUCUUCUUGUUUGCCUGUCUUGGCAACAUCACCUACGUCCUGUCCAUCGUUGCGUACGAGCCCAAAUGCAGUGAGGAUGAGUGCGCUCCCGGAGAGGCUAGCAGGAUCUAUGGGCGGUACAUUCUCGUCAACCUCUCCUGGCUUGCCGGGAGUACCGUGACCCUAUUGCUAGACUUUGGCGUGUUCACGCAAUAUUUCAUGUACAAUAAGGACGAAGCACCCGAGGCAAAUGACGACAUCCUUUCCGAGUAUAGCGACGAGGAUAGCAUUGAGGACACUCCGUGGGAUCGUCCUCUUCUUGCUCGCGGCAACUCUACUUUUGGUUAG